UGGCCUAGGAUGGAGGUGGGCGGGGUUAAGGUGAGGCCUGAGUAACCAUGACGACGCAGCGGCGCUGGCUGGGCCUGGCCUUGUUCUUGCUGCCGUUUCGCGUGGGCCUUUCGACCGGCCAGAGUUUCGCCCUGCCCUUGCGCCAGCCUCAGAGCUGCGAUGGAGCCCAAUAUUUCGACAUUGCCCGUUUGGCUUGCGGCCAGUGCGGGUCCUUCCAGAGGAAAAGCACGCAGGAUACUUCAUGUACUUGUCUACCGGGAUUCAAGCUGGUUUCGGAUAAUGGUGGAUCUAUUACUUGUGAAAAAUGUCCAGAUACCAUGAGUGGAGUUACUCAAGAUGGAUGGGACUGCAUUGCUUGCCCUAAAGGCUUAACUGCUGAUGGGAAAUGCAAAUGCCUUGUUGAUGAGAUUUUAGUGGAAAGAGAUACUAAUGGUGCAUUGUUGCAAGCAGCAUUAUGUGUUCAAUGUGAUGGAAAAGAGCAAUCAUUUGCUGCUUCAAAUGUAUUAAGUAACAGGUGUAUAAGAUGCGAACCAACAUUCAUCAGUGUAAACAAGUUGUGCCAAUGUUCUGAGCCAAAUAUUUUAACAGGAGGUUUAUGUUUCAGAAGCACUGGAAAUUUCCCCCCAAAGGGAAUUGCAACUGUGCGUUUUGGAAAACUAGGCAUCACCAUGAUAUCCGCAUGGUUUCUGAAAAAUCUGCAAGCAUCAGCCGCUGCUUGCUGGGUAUACUCCAACCUUACCUCUUGCCAAGCGCUUGGAAAUAUGUGUGUGAUGAACAUGAAUUCUUUGAGCUCUGGCAGCAUAGAUGCAUGUGGUCUAUUUCAGUAUGUCUUUGCAAAUACUGCUGGUCUUGGCACUGUACAUUCAGUGUCAUUUUGGAGACAGAACCUUCCAUGGCUAUACUAUGGUGACCAGCCAGGAUUAGCAUCACAAGUUCUUGACACAGUCCAGUUUCCUACUAGUUUCACUUUUAAAGGAACAAAUAAGAAUGUAAAAUUGCAGUUUAUUGCAGCCACAUAUAAUGCAGAAGGAAAUUUUCUUAAAUGGCAAUAUUUAGAAGAUGGUGUUUUACAGCUUUGCCCAGACACAGUGACUAAGUUGAAUGCUGCUUAUGUUUUUGGCACAACUUAUCAACAGAAGUGUACAGUUUCUGUUUCCAAGAUUUUAAAGGAUUAUUCUCAUCCAGUGUUUUAUGAUGUGUUCCUUGAAUAUUUGGAUGAAGAGGAUGGGCAACAAUACCUUUGGGCAGUUCCCAUUCUAAACUUAAAUCUUCAAUUUAAUGAAAUGUUUGUGAAUCAAGGUGACAAUAUGAACAGCUGGCUUUUGACACGGCGGAUGUUUCUGGUGGACACUUUAAGUGGGCGAGAAAAUGACUUGGGAAGCCAACCAAGAAUAAUCCGAAUUGCUAGUGAAAUAACAAUAAGCAUUCGCCUUAUGCCAAAUACUCAGAGAGGAGCCAUCUACCCUCCUUUGAUUACAAUUGCCUACAGUGAUGUUCUGGUCCAAAAUCCCAGUGCUGAGAAUGUGAUGGUUUCCUUUUCAGUAAACUAUGAAAUGAACCAAUCCGAGGCUCAUGUCCAGACAGAUAUAGCAUUGGGUGUUCUGGGUGGCCUGGCAGUUCUGUGGUCGCUUCUCAAGACAGCAGGCUGGAAAAGGCGUAUCGGGAGUCCCAUGAUUGAUUUACAGACAGUUCUGAAGUUUCUGCUCUUCUAUGCUGGAAACCUCGCAAAUGUUUUCUUCAUCAUAACAGUGGGAACAGGAAUUUAUUGGCUUAUAUUCUUCAAAGCACAGCAGUUUGUCUCUGUCCUCUUACCUCUACCAAGGCAAGAAGAUGAUUUUGUUUCUUAUGUGGGAUGUGCUUUUGCUCUGAAGGCAUUGCAGUUUUUGCACAUACUGGUUUCCCAACUUACUGUAGAUAUAUUCUUCAUCGAUUGGGAACGUCCUAAAGGAAAAGUUCUUAAAGCAGUUGAAGGAGAAAAUGGUAUAAGAAGUGUUUCUGCACCAGUCAGCAUAUGGCGAACAUAUUUCAUAGCAAAUGAGUGGAAUGAAAUUCAGACCAUCAGGAAAAUAAAUCCCCUCUUCCAAGUGCUUGCUGUUCUCUUCUUUUUAGAGGUUGUAGGAUUUUCAAACCUAGCCUUAAUGGAUUCUUCUUCCAGCCUGGCAAGGAGCCCUGAAAGUUACAUCGCUCCCUGGAGCCGCAUUCUGAGAUUUGGAGUGUCUGCUGUACUCUGGCUAGUCAUUGCCUUAAUACAGGUGGUAUACUUUUCUGUCUUUUAUGAAAGAUUUGUAGAAGAUAAAAUAAGGCAGUUUGUGGAUUUGUGCUGUAUGAGCAAUAUUUCAGUUUUUCUGUUGUCACACAGAUGCUUUGGGUAUUAUAUUCAUGGCCGGUCUGUACAUGGUCACUCGGAUACCAACAUGGAAGAGAUGAAUAUGAACCUAAAGAGGGAAGCGGAAAACCUAUGUAGUCAAAGAGGUUUGUUACCAAAUACAGAUGCUCAGACAUUUCAGAUUUCCAUUUCAAGCAAGAUGAGGCAGCAAUAUGAUAGGAUUCAUGAAACAUUAACAAGGAAACAUGGUCCUGUUCGGCUCGUAAAUUCUUCUACAACUACAUUUGAACAGAGCACUAAAGCAUACCAUACCAUGAAUAAAUUUCUUGGAUCCUUUAUUGAUCAUGUUCAUAAGGAAAUGGAUUAUAUUGUAAAGGACAAAUUGUUGUUGGAACGAAUUCUUGGAAUGGAGUUUAUGGAACCAAUGGAAAAGAGCAUCUUUUACAAUGAUGAAGGACAUUCUUUCAGUGAUGUACUCUAUUAUGGCAACGAAGCCACACUUCUCAUCUUCGAUAUGCUAUUUUUUGCCAUUGUGGAUAUUGCUACUCAAAGUUUUGUUUUAGCAGCUGUUCUCACAUAUUUACAAGAAGAGAUUUUUAGGUUCAUCCGUAAUACUGUUGGGCAGAAGAAUUUGGCAUCUAAAACACUGGUGGAUGAAAGAUUUCUUAUAUAAGUUACAUAAAGCUCUAUCUGGGAACUAACCAUGACACGGAAAAGUAAUGGAUUAGUUUUCAGCACUGUGAAUACUAUAUGUAUAGUUUCUUCUUUCACAUUGUGUAUUAGAAAACUGCUAUUUUUGUAUGAAUUAAAUACUUUUGUACUUGUAGUGAGUGACAAACAAUAUGCCUUGAAAGGGAUGCUAAUAUAUGCAAAGAUUCUGCUAUCCAUGCAUUAAGUUCAGAUAUUUCAUGAAUAUGUUUUUUGCGAGUCAUUGUUAUGUUACAUUAAACAUGUUUGCAUUUUUAAAAUAA